CUGUUUGCUUGCAGCACUGCCGUCGCCGUUCCGACACAACGCGCGAAACGUCAAACUUGCCAACCGGUCUGUUUAUUUACGUUUUCUUCAUCGUAUCGAGUUUUGAUCGCGGCGCGGAUUCUAAACUUUUAAAAGUUUCAUUCCGGGUAUUUUGUGCUUGUUUUAAGUGUUGAAUGUAAUUGUAAUUGUUCGUUGAAUAUUUUUCGGAAAGUUGAGUGUCAAAUUGUGUCCAGUGAACACCAGUUUCCUUGUGUAAGAUUCUUCCUGUGGCCCAUAAUUACCGGCGAAAAAAGUGUGACCACGCAAUCGCACACCUGUUGAUUUCGAGCAGGGACCGGUCAUCAACGCUGAAGAAAGUAAGCUGGAAAACCAGAUUCGUUUUAAAGAAGAUUUGCCUCCCCAGUAGCUGCUUGAACUUGGCACGAUCAGGACUCACCUUAAAGAAAUUGGAUUGAAUUUCGGCGGCACCACGUGGAUUUGCAUCAAAUGGAAGUGAAUGGAAUCCAGUUCGAUUCUGGCUCGGCCGAACUGAAUCAGAAAAUCUCCGAGUGGCUCCAGUGGGAUAAGAAUGAAAACACCCUGAACGAAAUCAAAUCGCUGGUAAAGGGCGCCGAAUGGAGCGCGCUGGGCGAACGACUCCAGAAGCGGUUGGCCUUCGGAACGGCGGGGCUGCGCGGGGUCAUGCAGGCCGGAUUCAACGCGAUGAACGACCUGGUGGUGAUUCAGUCGGCCCAGGGCCUCUGCCAGUACUUGGCCGAAUGCUACCCGGCGGAAGCGGACCGAAAGCGGGGCAUCGUGCUGGGAUUCGACGGGCGGUACAACAGCAAGAGAUUCGCCGAGCUGAGCGCGUGCAUCUUCCUGGCGCAGGGUUUCUCCGUGUGGCUGUACGGCCGGACCGUGGCCACCCCGUUCGUGCCGUUCGCGGUGCGGGAACUGCGCUGCCUGGCCGGCAUCAUGGUGACCGCGUCGCACAACCCCAAGGAGGACAACGGCUACAAGGUGUACUGGACCAACAGUGCGCAGAUUAUUUCGCCCCACGACAAAAACAUCCAGGCCAGCAUCCUGCAGCAUUUGGUCCCACUUGAAUCGUCAUGGAACCUGUCCGCGCUGGCGAGCUCCUCCGUCCGGGACCCGUACGACGAGAUGACCAAGCUGUACUUCGAGCAACUUUCCGCCAACGUCCCGCGUAGCUUCGUAACCGACUACAAUCGCAAGAGCCCGCUCCGGUUCGUGUACACCGCAAUGCAUGGCGUCGGCUAUCCGUUCGUAGAGCGAGGCUUCGAAACCGUUAGCCUACAGCCGGUGGUGGCCGUCAAGGAGCAGCGCGAUCCGGAUCCGGAGUUCCCCACGGUAAAGUUCCCCAACCCGGAGGAGGGCAAAUCCGCCCUGGUGUUGUCGAUGAGGUUGGCGAACGAACUGGGUAGCGAUGUGAUUUUGGCCAACGACCCGGACGCGGACCGGUUAGCGUGUGCGGAGAAGGACGGAAGCACUAACGAGUGGCGCGUGUUCAGCGGGAACGAGUUGGGCGCGCUGCUGGGUUGGUGGUCGAUUCGAUGCUACCGCGAGCAGUUCCCGGAUGCCAGUUUGAGCGAUUGCUAUCUGCUGGCCAGUACGGUCAGCUCCAAAAUGUGCCGGUCGAUAGCGAGCAUCGACGGGUUGAACUUUGUCGAAACGUUGACCGGGUUCAAGUGGAUGGGUAACAAAUCUGUCGAACUGAUGGAAAGUGGAAAAACCGUUCUGUUUGCAUUCGAAGAGGCUAUCGGGUUCAUGUGCUCCCCCACAGUCCUGGACAAGGACGGCGUCAGCGCAGCGUGCCAGCUGGCCACGAUGGCUUGCUAUUUGCGAGCGACAGCCGGCCAAACUCUCUCAGACAAACUCAGUGAACUGUACGAAAUCUACGGCUAUCACUACACCAUCACGUCGUACCACUUUUGCUACGAUCCGGUGGUGAUCGAGCGGAUCUUCAACCGAAUCCGAACCCUAGAGGGUGACCAGUACCCGAAAGCGAUCGGCGUCGGAGGAAAGUACGCCAUCGAAUCGAUUCGCGAUCUGACCACCGGGUACGAUUCGAGUCAACCCGAUGGGAAGGCGAUUCUGCCGUCGAGCAAGAGUUCCCAGAUGAUUACGUUUUCGUUCGAGAACGGUGCGGUCAUUACGCUGCGAACCAGUGGGACGGAGCCGAAGAUUAAGUACUACGCCGAAAUGUGUGCCAAACCGGGACAGCGCGACUGGAACGCCUCCCGAGCCACCCUUCGCACCAUGGUGGACGCCAUCGUGGAGGAGCUGCUCGAACCGGCCAAAAACAAUCUGACGCCCCGCUCGGAGUAGAGACCCAUGCACACAGAAGGAAGGAAGUCGUUCGGUCUAGAAAGCAAAAAAAAAGCGAUAGCAGACACGGGUAGCACAUCACAUUCUCAGUUUGUUUUAGGUUUAUUUUCUCGCGUUUUCUCGCUCUCUCUGUCUCUCUUCUUUGUUUUUCCUUUUUUUUGUUCUGAUGAUUCUGACUUUAUUUGCCGUACUUUCUGCGUCUGAAAGCCUAGUGUUCUACACUUGUUACUAGAUUUUUUUUUGGAUAGUUCUAAACACACACUGCAUGCACUUACUUACACAUACUGAAAGAUCUACGCCGUGGCGAUUCCUCUAAGUUAUCUACAAAAUUGAUCUACAAUUUAGAGCACAUGUGUAACAUUGCGGUUAAUGUUACUCUCCUUAAACAAGUACUAUUAUCAACUUACCCAGUGAGGGGCUACACACUCAGAUUUUGGUUUUUUAUUGAUUGUGAGUCUCGAAUGCGUUGUUUUGUGAAAGUCUAAGCAUCUAAGAUUGUAGCGAAAUGUGGGGGAACAUCUUCAUCCUCUUAGGGACACAGUUACUUUCUCUCCAGCUAGUUCUCUACGCUAUUUACCUACUAAACUAGACCAGUUACGCUCUAGUUGGCUUUCUAAUGUGUAUUUUGUGUACAAUAUAAACUUUUAUUUUUCUGAGACCGACGGUUUAAAUGCGUUGCAAAUUGUCUAGGACACGUUACAUAAUAAUCGAUUGUUGUAAAAUAUCUUUCGUGACAAGUAUGCUAAUAAACGUAGAAAUAAACUAUUUUGUGCGAACAAAAGGAACUAAAGUUGUACUGUUUUAAUUUUAACACAACGAAAGAAAACUUUCUUGUCUAACGUUCUCAACUUGGUUCUUUCAUAUUUAAGUCUGAUAACCUAAAUUAGAUUCGCUAAUUUUUUUCCUGAUUUAAAUUGUCCCAUUUUCUAUUGUUUUCUUAUGUCCAACAAAGUUAUUUCACAUCACUGGUUCAUCCAAACAAGUCUUCAUACAAUUUUGAGAGGCACACAUGAGCAAUUCAAGCCAAACAUUUCAUUAGAGCACCAAGCCAAAAUCUGAACAUUCGGAAUUAUAAUACUUUUUCAUUAAUUAAUAUACUUCCGACAUGCCCUCCAAGAAUAAGACUGUUUGCAAACAAUUUCCUAAUGAAAAAAUCAAU